AUGGCGGACAGGGCUGAGAUGUUUUCCCUAUCCACUUUCCAUUCCCUCUCUCCUCCUGGUUGCAGGCCAGCCCACGACAUCAGCUUGGAGGAGUUUGAUGAUGAAGAUCUCUCUGAAAUCACAGAUGACUGUGGGAUUGGACUCAACUAUGACUCGGAUCCAUAUGAGAAGGACUCCCUCAUUCUGGAGAAGAGUGACAUGCACCGACCAGUGUGCUCCUUCCAGGACGACUUCCAAGAGUUUGAGAUGAUUGACGACGAAGAUGACGAAGAUGAUGAGGAAGAGGACGAAGAUGAAGAGGUUGACCCUGAUGCACCCCCGUCCCCCUCUGCCUCCCCUCCUCUCUCCCCUACUCUUGGCACACUGAAGAGCAGGCCCACCACACUAAACCUCACCACUGCUGUGUCACAGGAUUCACUUAACAACAACAGCAGUCUGUCCCCAAAGAAAGGAAGCUGGCAGGACUCUUUACGCAAGACCUCACAGGGUCGUCUGUCUCCAACCCACUCGUGUCUGGAGGAUGGUAGCCAUGUGACAGGCCAGUGCCCAACCUCUCCAGUUUCCCAGGCACCAGGGUCUCAGACCAAAGGUACUCCACCAAAACAGGGAGGGGAAUGCGGGAACCCCCAAUCCCCUCACAGGCCCCUCCUCUGCGACAUGGAGGGCAACAGGCGGGAGAGGCCCGAAUACGGCUCAUUUGGUCAACACAAGACCCACCCUCGCUCUGGUGACGUCACUGAGCCAAAGGCAGACCCAUUAAUUCAGACAACCAGAGUACCUUCUGUAGAGGACCACUCCCAGUGUUCGGACACAGAGGUUGACCACGACCUCAACAGUGACCACAACCACAAACAUUCGAACCGGCGUGCCACCGACACUUACACGAUCACCAGUGAGUCAGGUGUGGAGCCUGAGAAUGACCUAGACCCCGAUGGAACCAGUCGUUGCUUGUCAUCCACUGCACCCAUGGGAGCCAACGACGCCGAUACACCCUUGUCCGAUGAGGAGCUGGAAAAAGACUUUGAGGUGGAAUUCAUGUGUAAGGAGACGUACGACAUGGUGUGUAAGGAGAAUAGGUCGGCAUAUGUGGAAUUUCCCUCCAUUGAGCCCGCCUCUUUCUCUAGCUAUGUGUCCUCCAGCCGCUCAGAUGCCCAUUCCAACAGUUCAGAUGCAGCUGUUUCUGCCUUGGAGGCAGCGGCUAACGACUCAACCUCUCCAUCCUCAGACCCAGGGAUAGCAGAUAUGAACCAGCAGGGUUACACGACUUCAGACCAGGACAAGGACCUCAGCUCUCCAGGCUCUGACUCUGACAUUGAAGGGGAGCUGGAGGCAGCAUUUGCCUGUGGAGGCCCUGUGGUCUCCAACAUGAUCUCCUCUAUCUCAGAGACAGAGCUGGAUUUGACCAGUGAUGAGAGCAGCAGUGGACGCUCGUCGCAUCUCACCAACUCCAUUGAGGAGGCUAGCUCGCCUACAUCAGACCAGGAACUGGACCUGGAUACAGAGUUAGAGCAGGACAGUGGCAUUGUGGGACUCAAAGAGUCUCUACUCCUGGGCCGGCCUGACCCAAUCAAAGAAGAGUUUACUCUUCCCUCUCCUUCGCCUCUACCCUCACCUACUAUUGCUACACCAUCCCCUGUCGACUCACCCAUCUUACCUCCUGUGCCCUACGACGAUGGUCAAGCUCUGAUGGGGCUGCAGAAUGUGGACGAUGAGCUGUCCUUUGAGCACCAGGCUGAUCCAGAUGAGACUCUGCCUCCAGCCCAACAAUGUGAGGACACCCUGUCCAGACAGAUGGUGCUGCAGAUAGAACCAGACCACAGUCUUGAGAGCUUCAAACGCUCCUUCUACCUGCCAGUGGGACCCAGGCUAAUGCCCAAUGCAGAUGAAUAUGAUGGAACCAGUGAGGGAGACUCCGAAUCAGAAAGCGAAGACGACCUGAGUGAGAACUCAGACUCACCGUGGCUGCUCAGCAACCUGGUAAACAGGAUGAUCUCAGAGGGCUCGUACCCAAUCAGCUGUCCAGAGGACUGCUUCAAGAGGAAAGUGUCUGUGUCAGACACCAUCUCACCAUCCUCAGAUAUUGGAGAGGGAGAUGGUUUCAAUGAUGAGGACCAAGAGAAGGAAUCAGAAUUGGAGGGAUCCGCGGAAGAAGAGAAGGAAGGUGAGGGGUACAGAAAGAAUAUGAUGAAGCCAGGAGAGAGGAGGAAGGGCAUGGAUACUUCAAAAGAAGGAGCAGUGAUAAGUCCCUGUCUGUAUAUGAACAACCCUUCUGGUGAAACCAUAACCCCAUUGAUCUUGGACCACUGUGCAAACAACGCGAGGGGAACCACAGAUAUAAACUCCCUGAAGAACUUCACAGACAAACUAUCUAAGAACGCCAGGAGACAAGAGGAGGAUGAAGAGCCUAAUAAUGACUUGAUGAUGCUUGAGGGUAGAAAGGAUCUGGACUCACCGAGCCUCAGUGAGAGUGUGGUCAGCGACAAGGACGAAGGACGAGAGACUGAGCCCAGGCCAACAAGCCGUUCCUCAGCCUCUCUGGAGCGUAUCACCGAGGUUAAACACAGCCUGACACUGGACAUACCCACUGCCCAGACUAAUCGCUGCUUCAGCCUCACCUACUCCACAGACAAUGACGAAGAGGAGGAUGACGGAGACUCUUACCCAUUCCUAGGUGGCUUGAGGAAGCAGUCCUACCGGGGUAGUGACUUAGAGCUUGACAGUUCACCACCUAUUGAUUCCAGUGUGCAAGACCAUCCUUUACCUGACCAUGACCUCCCACUAUGUGAGAAAGAUCUGGCUCUGAGGGAGCAGAUUGAAGACGAUGGACUGGCCUAUGACUCCAUGAAGUACACGCUAGUGGUGGAUGAGAAUACUACACUGAAGCUAGUCAGCCUCAGAAGGUGCACCUCCGUUCUGAGUGAUGACAGUGAGCUGUCCACACUAUGUGAAGAGGAGCCUUUGGGGACAGGAGAAGUGGGCUAUGGUCGUGAUGAUGAGGAGGUGAGGCCAGACCUUCUCAGUUCUUCUGAGGACUCUUCUCCUGAGGCUGACCUCCCAUUCUCAAAGAAGUUCCUCAAUGUGUUUGUCAACAGCACCUCCCGCUCCUCCAGCACAGAGUCCUUUGGACUUUUCUCCUGUACCAUCAAUGGAGAGGAGAGGGACCAGACACACAGGGCAGUCUACAGAUUCAUUCCCAGACAUGCAGAUGAGCUGGAGCUGGACGUGGACGAUCCUUUAUACGUGGAGGAAGAAGAGGAUGACUACUGGUACCGAGGGUAUAACAUGCGGACAGGGGAGAGGGGCAUAUUUCCUGCCUUCUAUGCCCAUGAGGUCAUAGGCCAGUCCAAGGAGCUGUUGGGACUUAAACGAAAUCCAGCAUGGAUUGAGACUUUCAGCGUUCAGUUUUUGGGGUCUGUCGAGGUUCCUUAUCACCAAGGCAACGGCAUUCUCUGUGCCGCCAUGCAGAAGAUUGCAAUAUCGAGGAAACGGACAGUACAUGUGCGACCUCCUUCUCUGUGUGAGCUUGAGAUUAGCUUGCAAGGAGUGAAACUGAUCAUGAGCCUGGAGGAUGAAUAUGACGCCCUUGAUGAGUAUGACAGAUGUAGUCACUUCUUCCAGAUGAAGAACAUUUCCUUCUGUGGAUGCCAUCCGAGGAACAACUGCUACUUUGGCUUCAUCACUAAGCACCCGAUGCUGAACAGAUUUGCAUGCCACGUGUUUGUAUCCCAGGAGUCCAUGCGGCCUGUAGCAGAGUGUGUUGGACGAGCCUUCCAGGAGUACUACCAGGAACAUCUUGAGUACGCCUGCCCCACUGAGGACAUCUACCUGGAGUAA